AUGGUGGUCUCCUACACGCAGGAGCACGUGUACCGCCACCCCUGGCACCGGGUCACCGCCGCGGCGUGGCGCAAGUUCACGGACCCGGCGGCGCGCGCAGCCUCCGGGGCGCUCUCCCACAUCCUCGACGUCCACACACUGUCCCGCGACGUCGACGCGCGGUCGGGCCGGCUCUGCGCCAUGCGUGCCAUCGCGGGCCGGACGCCGCCGCUCCCGUUCCUGCUCCGCGGCGUAGCGGGAGGAGCGGGCGGCGACGUGGUGGUGCUCUGCGUCGAGCGCACAGACGUGGACGCGCCCGCGCGCGACAUGCGGGUGGCCUCCCGCAACGCCACCCUCCGGGGGCUCGUGGACGUGCAGGAGCGGUGCAGCUACGAGCCCCACCCGGCGCGGCCCGACGAGUGGACGCUGUUCCGCCAGGAGACCACCAUCCGGUGCGCGCCUCUGGCGGCUGUGGCGGCCAAGGUGGCUGAGCUCGUGGAGCGGCGCUGCGCGGAGAGGUUCACGCAGAACGCGGACAGAGGGAAGGAGGUCGUGGAGAGGAUCUGCGAGGACCUUGCAGCGGAGCAGGACUCGCUCACCCACUGA